AUGACAAAUAAAAAGAAGGCAAAUUAUAUUUCAUGUAUUGUUGCAAUCCUUCAUGCAUUUGUUUCAACAUAUAUUGCAUUUAUUGGAAUCUUCUAUUUUUGUGACAGAGAAGGUGCUAAUCUAUUUAAUGACUAGGAAUGCAUACGAAAUCCUAAAAAUUAUCAUUAAUUCGCAGCAAUGAUAACGAUUUCCUACCUUGUUUUUGAUUUUUCCUUGUAACUAUUUUUGAUUAGAGACUACUCUACUUUAUCAAUAUAAACAUACAUUCAUCAUAUUUUUGGAACUCUCGGUUUCUAUCUUGCAUUGAUAGAAAAUACAGUCUCUCUUACUGCUGCUAUUUUUAACUAAGCAACUGAAAUAUCAACUGGCUUCUUAAAUCUUAGACAAUUAUUCUUUUUCCAUAAAAUGAAAGAAACAGUGUACUUUAGAAUUAAUUCAUAUAUAUUUGCUGCAACAUUUAUAUUAGGCAGAAUGCCAAUUUAACUUAUCUGCACAUAUAAUGUUUUCCCUUGGAUAGUUGAAAAAAUUUAAAGCAUGGGUAAGACAGACGUAUAUUACAACUCAAUGAUUCUAUUUAUGGUAUUUUCAUAGAUUGUGGGGUUAAUUCUUAAUUUCUAUUGGUCAAACUUGAUUUUAGCUGGGCUUGUUAGAACAAUAAAAGGUGAUAAUAAAACAAAGACUCUUGAUGAAACUGAUAAGGAAGAUUGA